GCGAAAGCAAGUCCUCUUCCGGGCAAAAUGGCGAUGGGCUUGAUGUGCGGACGCAGGGAGCUUGUGCGCCUGCUACGGCCCCAGCGUCAGUUCCACAGUAUCGUAGGGUCCUCGCAGUGGCCGCGGAAACCGCUGAGAGAGGGGCUCCAGGUCCCAAGCCACUCGGGCUGCAGGCAGCCGCAUUAUGUCCUCCUCACAACCUCCAGCCACCGCUGCCUCAGUACCUCUGCCAUUUCAUUUGCAGAAGCCCAGGUCCAAGUACCUCCUGUUGUUCCUGCAACUCCUUCACCCACAGCAGUACCUGAGGUGGCUUCUGGAGGAACUACAGAUACAAUCCAAGCUGUUGCAGAACAGAGCUUCGCUGAACUGGGACUAGGGUCAUACACCCCAGUGGGAUUGAUCCAGAACCUCCUGGAAUUUAUGCAUGUUAACCUGGGCCUUCCUUGGUGGGGGGCCAUUGCAGCAUGUACGGUCCUUGCCCGCUGCCUCGUUUUUCCUCUCAUCGUGAAGGGCCAGCGAGAGGCAGCCAAAAUUCACAACCACUUGCCAGAGAUCCAGAAGUUUUCCACUAGAAUCAGAGAGGCCAAGUUGGCAGGAGACAAUGCUGAGUUUUACAGGGCCUCCUCGGAGAUGACACUUUACCAGAAAAAGCACGAUAUUAAAUUCUUUAAACCCCUCAUUCUGCCUCUGACUCAGGCACCAGUCUUCAUCUCCUUCUUCAUUGCCUUGAGAGAGAUGGCCAACCUUCCUGUGCCUAGUAUGCAGACAGGUGGCCUCUGGUGGUUCCAGGAUCUCACUGUAUCUGAUCCCAUCUACAUGUUACCGAUAGUAGUCACUGCUACAAUGUGGGGUGUCCUGGAGCUAGGUGCUGACACAGGUGUGCAAAGUUCUGACCUUCAGUGGAUGAGAAAUGUUAUCAGAGUGAUGCCCCUGGCAGUCUUGCCCAUAACCAUCCACUUCCCCUCGGCAGUAUUCAUGUACUGGCUCUCCUCCAAUAUGUUUUCCCUGGGCCAAGUAGCCUGCCUCCGGAUUCCAGCUGUACGCACUGUACUUAAAAUACCCCAGCGUGUUGUGCAUGACCCUGACAAAUUACCUCCCCGGGAAGGCUUCAUAAAGAGCUUCAAACAAGGCUGGAAGAAUGCUGAAAUUGCACAUCAGCUCCGUGAGCGUGAACGACGCAUGCAGAACCACUUGGAGCUAGCAGCCAGGGGUCCCUUACGGCAGACCUUUACCCACAACCCUCUACUACAGCAUGAAAAGAAUCACCCUCCCAAAACCCCCAGCAGCAGCAGCAGCAAACCAAAGUCAAAGCAGCCCUGGCGUGACACACUUGGCUGACUUGUGUUCCCUGCUCAUUCUGUCAGGAACUCUGUCUCCUCAAAGAACCAUCCUAAAGACAGACUUGAUGCUUUGUCCUUGUAUCAGGCCUAGGAACUGUAGGAUGUGGAUAUGUUCAUUUUUAAAAACUGAUUCCACUACAAACUCUUAUUCCUGCAUAUAAAAGUACAGGGGAGCCAAGCAAUCUUCCUUUCCACAGGAUUAGGAAACCUCUGUACUACAUGCUGCUUCCUGAUAUUUUAUUAAACAGAGAAAUGGAUUGUGUACUUCAGAGAAAUGAA